AUGGACGAUGAAGAACGCUCUGUGGUAGAUGCCGUUACUUCACUGAAUCAAGUGAUGGAUCUAAAAGGCUUGACACGAUACUUCAAACAGGUUGCUCAGAGCGCUCGGGUUGGUUCUGACGAAUGUGUCGAUGACUUUCUAGGAUGUGUCAAUGUGAAAAUUAAGGAUAUUCCGUCAAUAGGCUUGGAGCGAUGGUUUACAUUAGAAAAACGAUCAGAACGUUCCAAAGUUUCUGGAGAAGUGAAACUAAAGCUUUGGCUAAGUACUCGAGAGGAACCGAAACGUGACGAUGAUGAUUUAACUGAUGUAGAGCAACACAUCAAGCUGAUACAGCAGUUCAGUUUAUACGAAAUGAAGCAAUCGGCAGAGUCAGCGUCGUCCUUUCAUGGACAACUUUCGGAUGCUGCAGAAAUCAUCUUAGAGCAACAUGCCUUACAGAGUGACUUAACACCAAAUUCAGUUAGAGAAUCUGUAAUGCAAGCAUAUUCGUACUACCAGGUAGUUAUAUCAAGUGCUGUAGAAACAACUAUCUGCAGAAAACUGCCUAAUAGUGCGUGGUCAGCAUACAGCGCUAUGACCAACAUUGGAAUAUCUUACUCAUACCUCUUCGAUAUUUUAACCACUUUAGUCUCACGCUGGGAACCACUGAUUUUGGAUAAAGCCGAAGAGAAUAUGAUGGCAGACUCUUUUGUGCUUUUCGAGCAGAAAUGCUGUAAUGCUAUUACCGAACAUCGUGACAGAUUUCCUCCCCAAAAUAAUAAAGCUCUCGAUUCAUUUUCUGACCUACUUAGAUGUUGUAAACUGAUGAUUGAAUGCAGUGCCUUUAAGGCUUGCGUAUCGCUCAACCGAUCUUUCAGCAAUUUAGCAAAAACUGCUUUAGAGACUUCUGCAGAAGGAUUCUGCAGUGACAGUAUCAAAGAGUCGAAGAACGAAGUAAGAGUCGGUUUCAAAAAAAGCUAUGAGAAAAACUUGGUUUAUGCGGAUCCAUGCGCAGAGCUCGCUCAAAUUCUUCAGCAUAUUGUGGUUGCAUGUUCUAAAUCUUCUGCGUACGAUCAAAUUUUUGCAUCCGUUGCUAAUAUUGAUUAUUCCAAAAUAACUUAUACGCUGGAAGAGUACUUAUGCGUAAAGCUUAUGGAUGACGGCCCAAGUGGACUGAAAGCUACGAUGAAUAGAGCCUCAGCAAAAGAAGAUGGAGAAAUUGUUCCUUUUCUGAACGUUCUAAAAAUUCAUCUUGCACUGAACGAAUUUAGACAGUACCAAAAUCCAAAGUUGAGAAUGACUUUUAUGUUUGACAACUGGGGUGGUCUGUUCGACAGAGCAAUAACCAAAUGGGUUAACCAAGUUCGUGUGCGAGCUUUUGCUAGAGCCGAUUUCUCUUGCCGCUUAGAUACUGAUAUUGAAAGAAACGAUAAAAUAAAAUUCUCAAGCUCGCACGUUGAUAUAUGCCACAUAAUUGAACAGAUAAUUACUACCUGGGAAAGAAUGAAGGUUUCUGAUCCCAAAUUAAGGAUAUCGUUGACCGAGAAACUGAUCCAAAACAUAUGCAAGCUAGCUGAGUUCUAUGUAGACAAAAUUUUCGCUGUCUUAGCAUCUGAAGGAUUCCAGGGUGAAUUGCAACUAUUUGUUCCGAAAGGGACAUUGGCAAGGUUUUGCACCGUGAUGAACAAUGCAGAAAAGGUAAGAAGAAGCCUACUGUUUUAUGACCAUCUACAUCUGGAUGAAAUACUCAACCAAGAAAUUGGCCAAGAUAAGCAUGAACGAAAAACUCGAGUAGAAAAAGAAAUAGAUUCAUGCACUGCGUACAUUAGCAAGCAAAUCGAGACAGCCAUUGAUCAGUUAUCAAAACGUUUUGCUCCGCUUUUGGAGAAGCACCUAGUUCACUUUGCUUGGAGUCCAGAAACUACUCCAGCAGAAGUAGCGCUGAAACCGAUGACAGAAGUGGUGGAUAGUGAGCUGCUAAAGUUACAUCGGAUGCUCUUACACAAAAAUUUUGUCCGGGUUCUUAUCAGCCAGUUCAACGUUAUGUUGCCGCUACUGCUAAAGUGCCUGGAUGAAGACCAAGGGUGUGAUCCCAAGUUUUGUGAUCGUAUAGCCGAAGGGACAGGAAUUUUAACCGAAUUCUACCAUGCUUAUGGCAAAGGAAUUUCAGGAGAGACUCUUCGAAAUCUUCCUCUGUACCAGGAACUCUUGAGGAAAUUAGAACUUCAUCGGACUCCCACUGAAAUGUUGAUCACUCGUUACUAUAAAAAUCUUCAUGAGCAACAGCAAGCAAGUGUCUAG